UGUUCUCCCGACUCGUCGCUUCAGCCGAAGUGAACGCAUUUGACCUAAGUGCCAUUUUACGCCAGGAUUUGAAACUUGAUAUGCUGCGGUGAUAUCCAGGCAAAGUCACAUGCUAAUUCAAACAUCACGUGCAAAGGCACUUCAUUGCUUGCGUCUGAUGCCAUGAUCAAAUCCAGCACAAACGCUUCGACAACAGACCAAUACCAACAAUCAUGGCGGACGUGACAGAGCUGAGGUGCUGGCCAUCAUGUGUUGAGGCGCUCGAUUGGUCGCAGGACAACAUAAUUGCGUUAGCUUCUGACGAACGAGUUGAACUACUGUUUCCAAAUACCGUGUCUUACGAGCGAGACAACGACGUUCCACAGUGGCAGCAUGUUCCACUCCAGGUCCCUUGGUUCUCGAGCGACGAGCUACCAGUCAAGGACCCUGCACCGUUGUCGAACUAUUCAGUCGGCGAAGAGAUAUCGCCGAGUGUGCCUGUUGCCAUAGCCUGGUCACCGCCUGGCCUUGCAAAGCAUCGGCGGUGUGCUCUCGCAGUGCUCACCUCGAACUUGGUGCUCUCAAUGUGGUCAGCUGAAGGCAAGCUUCAAGACGAGUCGAGCUGGAACAGGAGGCUUCUGGUCAAUCACGCGCUCAUUGAUUAUUUCUCUGAAAUCGAGACUAUGCAAACCAGUCAUGUUUCCUCCGACGCCGAGGAACAGAUGCGUCUCAGAACUCGCGUCCGAUCAUUUGCAUGGGCGCCAGCUCUACCUCAUGCAACCAACACAAUGGGAACACAGACAUCGUACGGUCGACAAUUCAUCACCGUAGCAAAUGAUGACAACCAGCUUUUGUUUUUGUCUGUAGACUCGCCAACUUCUACCCUCGGUUCAUCGCAAAGCUGGAAGGCAACUGUGUUCACUCACAUGGCGCUUGAGCCGAGAGAGGAAUCCAAAUUUACCGACCCCUUAUUCUUCGGCGACUUGAUGAAGCAGCAGAGAUUUAUUUCACAUAUUGCCUGGAGUCCUUGGGUCGCACAAGGCGAUUCCUAUCGAUCUGUUGUCGUCUACGCAACCAAUGAAGAGGUCAGAGGACGACUGGUCACCUGGAGAAAAGAUGAGUUCAAGCUGGAAGCUGAAGUCACAUAUCCAGGCAUAAGUCUACGAUACAGUGGCCCUAUGUCCUGGUGCCCAAAGCUUGACAAUGAGUGUCAAGCUACGUUGGCAAUAUUCACAAAUUCAGGGCUGGUCUAUUUGACUAUCUCAGUUAACGAUGCAUCGAUCGUAGACAAAGCCGAGCACGAUCUCGAUGGUCGUUGGGACCAGGUGUCGGGUGUAGCUUGGGACUAUGAAAAACAGCCCUCGCCCCAUCUGCACUUCAGCUCACUGCUGUCAACCGUACAAUCCCCGACUGCUGUUGUGGCGAAAUUGUCGAGUGGCUUGACAAGUGUCAAGAUUCCCAACUGGAAAGAAAAAAUUGAGAAUAGUAUGGUUCUUUUCAGUGUCAAAAACGAUUUAAAAGGGCACAGCAAGACAAAAGUGUGGGGUCUCACAUCCUCACCGCUAGGAGACUUCAUCGCUGCGUGUAACAGUCUGCACCCCUCUGACUCGAUCGAGUAUGGCCCGCCAGCAGAUCGGCGUGGAACAAUCGCGCUUAGCACACUACGACAGUACGGCAAGAUUCGUGAGAGCUUCCCAUCUCGGAACACGACUGCAGAAGGUGUCCUCUUUACAUUAAAAAAGCUGGCAGAGAACACUGUCGAAGACGCCGAUCAGAUGCCUGCAUUCGCAGAGGAAGCUGUUGGCAAGUUGUUGCUGGCCUACAAGCCUCUGAAGGCAUCUGGAAAUGAUGUCCUUGCAACCGCGCCGACCGACCUGGAAGACCACGUCACAAAUUUCAAGACUUGUGCGAUAUUCGAGGAGAAUAAUUUAAGAGACCGAUACAGCAUAUUGGUAUCUCAUGCUGUCAACGACACUGCCUCCAAUGAGCUCGCAAGAACUCUCAUUUCUUACCGGCUCGCUACGAUGCUGCAGAAACUACCUUCCGCUUUAUUGCGAACGGCGUUCAGCCAGGAGAUCCUUAUGCACCAUCAGCGGCUGGUUGCCUUGAUCGAUAAUCUCUUUCUCUUUGGAGACGCAGAACCCGAGACCGUGGAACAACACGAAGCGGAGCAGUCAGCUGCCAUGCUGGAUGACGAUGCUAUGGAUACGGAACAUACGUCGGAGGGGGCUGCAUCGAGUUCGACCAACCAAACCGAAAUCAAGGCCAGGCCAAGACUCGAGGGCACGGCCAUUGCGACUGAUCACUGCGACUUCUGCUCUGCACCCAUACCCUUCACAGAUCUUACUACCGCUGCUUGCGCUAAUGGUCACGAAUUCCCGCGGUGUGGUGUCAGUUUCAUAGCUAUACAGGCGCCUGGCAUCACCAAGUACUGUGGUAUUUGCAGCACACCAGUCCUAAGUGAAGAAUUCGUGCAGGCACAGGAUUCUAGAGAAGAGGCUGAAGCAGAGUCUGAAGUCACACUUGCCAGCGUGCUUUUUCAGGCCUGCGAUAUAUGCAUCUUUUGUGGCGGAAAGUACAUAGGGUGAUACCUAGGUGGUGGUGGUGGCGGUCGUUGCUGGUUGCGGAAUCGGAGGUAGAAACGGUCAGGUGCAGGACUACCUAUGCUUCAUGUGUACUAUAAGCGCAGAUCAUACUACAAUAGAACUCGCCAGCGCUGACAGUGUAUCAGAAUAG